UUUAACUUAGUAUGGUAAAUAGUAAUUAUAUAAAAAUAUAUAAUACCGCACUCGUCUUUUAUAAUGGAGGUUACAGACUCACACUGCGCCAAGUCUAGCCAAUCCAUAGCUCUAUGUUCAAAACGAGUGCAGUGCAAGAGAAUAGCGUGACAACGUUGCGAGGAGACGAUCGUAUUGGUAACUCUUCGGUCUUUAGGGUUUUCAGGUCUUCCAUGGAACGGAAGCGAAAAUACAACCUAUAUAUUUUGGACCCAACGCACGAGAUUCCUGUGCGUUCCAAGCACCGUUCGAGGAAGACAGCUUCAUUGGACGCUUCGCCGCUACCCACACUACGAAAUGGCAGUGCUCCAUCGCCUGAUUUAGUCAGUGUAGUUGCAAGCGAUCAAACGCCCUGUGACCGCAGCCAUCCUCCUGUGAACGAUGACUCCGACUGUUCUGGCAUGUCCGUGGAAAGUGCGUGUAUCAAGUCACCCGACCCAACUGAUGUCGACUCGCCGAGCACGGAUACAAGCAGCGAAAGUUCGGACGCGGAAACGAGUGGAGAUGAAGCGCACGCAUGUGAGCCAUCAGACGGAAACGCCGAUAUGGACGAGGAGCUGUAUCCAGGUUCGAAGAUCACCAGGGCAGAGAGCAUUUUGCUGAUUAUGGGCCACAGCCUCCGUCAUGACACGUCGAAAGAAGCCACAGAGAGCUUACUUCACUUAUUGCGUGCUCAUCUGCCGGAAAAAACAGAGCUGCCUUGUUCAAAGUACAAAUUUUUUAGACAUUUCAGCUCUCCUGAGAGUGCAAAGAACAGACAUUUAUACUGUAGCAAUUGUUACAGCUACAUAGGGGCUGUUGAAACUGCAUCUACUGUUUUUUGCGAGCACUGCAAUGUGCAUCAUGACAUCAGUGCACUGCUAAAAAGUUCAUCAUAUUUUUUUUCUUUUAACAUCGAAUCACAAAUCUGUGAUAUUUUGAAAACAGCUAAGGUUAUGCCUGCUCAGUUGUCCCCCUCUUUCAAUGUCACAGACAUCACAACAGGCAUUGGCUACCGAAGUAUUCCCAUAGGUCCUAAUGAUGUUUCCCUGACAUUUAACACCGAUGGUGUUCCACUUUUUGAAAGCAGCAAGUUUGGCUUCUGGCCUCUCCUUGCUCAAAUUAAUGAGCUGACAUAUAAAGACAGGGUCCAGAGGCUCGUCCUUGCUGGCCUAUGGUUUGGGCCCAAAAAGCCUGUAAUGAACACAUUCCUCCUGCCUUUUGUGAAGUCACUGAAUGUGCUUUCUUCUACCGGCAUGACAUGGGAAGAUUCAUAUGGGCAGAAAAAAAAAAUGAAGGUUUUCCCUGGCCCAUGCACGGUGGACAGUGUCGCAAGAUGUGAAGUCAUGGGCAUGACUCAGUUUAACGGGAAGUACGGUUGCGCAUGGUGCGAGCAUCCUGGAGAGGUCAUUGCAAAGGGUAAUGGGCAUUGCCGUGUGUACCCGGUCUCCACUUCUGCUAUAAAACUCCGUACUAGUGAGUCGUUUCAGCAUCAUGCCCAAAAAGCCAGAAGAAAGCAAGAGCAAGUGAGCCGUGGCAUAAAGGCUACAAGUGUCCUCACGCUGCUGAACCACUUCGACUUUCCUACUGGCUUUGUAGUCGACUACAUGCACGCUGUGUGUGCAGGUUUUGUAAAAGCUACGACAUUGCUGUGGCUAAACUCGAAGAGAUGUCGUAGUUUUAAGCUUCGCCUUCACUUGAGUGAAUUGAAUGAGAAGCUGCUCAGUCUGCAACCAAUCUGGGAAAUAUCAAGGCUUCCAAGAUCUCUCAAUGACCUGAAACACUGGAAAUGUGCUGACUGGCGGAAUUGGUUGUUGUUUUAUUCGCCAAUUGUGUUGUCUGGCUAUGUUCCAGAAAAGAAUUACCGCCACUGGGUCUCAUUCGUUGACAUGAUGCACUACUUGUUGAGCGAUUGCGUAGCCCUUGACAGGCUCAACAUUAUAAAAAAUGAAAUGGUAAAGUUCAUCAAGGAGUACCAGGAGUUAUAUGGCAUAACAAACAUGACAUACAAUGCGCACCUGCUAUUUCACCUUGUUGACACAGUGAAGCAGUGGGGUCCACUGUGGGCACAUUCAAUGUUCGGAUUUGAAUCUAUGAAUGGAAAGCUUGUGAAAAUGGUCAAAGGGACCAGGUACCCCGAAAAACAGAUUAUUGACAAGUUCUUCCUCAUGCAAGCCUUGCCUACGCUUUGGAGUAAUGUUGCAAGAGAAGAUGCACACACUCAGAACUUGUUCAAGGCACAAAUGAAGGGCUAUGAAUUAAGAAAACGAUCUGUGCAGAAUGGGACCACUACAUUCUAUGGGAAAGCAGUGCGAAGUGCGGAUGGCACUCAUUUUCGAAAGAUGAGCAUCGGAAACGUUGCAUUUUGCACUGCGGAUCUGGACAGAUCGCGAAGGGUAAAUUCAUUCGUCAUGGUCAAUGGGUUGUUUGGCCGCCUUAGGGACAUUAGUGUGUUCUGCUCACAGGGGCAUGAACAGUGUGCAUGCCUAAAGGAGACGGUGCUUUCUGUUCAGGUGUGCAUUGUGAAGCACAACAUGCUUGAAGCGUUCUGCAAGGAUGAACCCUACCACUUUGUUAAAGUUGAAUGUUCUGCUGAAAUCAAGCGUGUGCCACUUGUUUCAGUGGAAAAAUGUCUUGCGCUGGCUUCCGAUGGGGAUUUGUUCAUUUGCAGAGUGAAUGAAAAGUUCCUUGCUGAGGCCACGUAGAGGCUGUGUGACAUGGAGUGUAAAAAUCGGAAGUACGAGAACCACAAGGGUUCCUUUACCACCUGGCAAGAAUUUAGCCGACAACUCUGUGAUGCGUACUGCAAAGCUGAAAAGGCCGUACAAUCUUUGCAGAUUGCACCUAAAUAAAAUUGAUUGGCAAAUACAUGUUGUUUGUUGUGGGCAUAAACCUCUCGUGCCAGCCUGAGAGCAUCUCGCACAGCAAGCCAGUGUCAGGUAGAAGCAAACUCCGGGGAGAGGGGAUGUCACGGGAGGCCAGCAGGGACAGGCAAAGCGCAGUGACGUGUGUUAGCGUGCGCAUGUGACCUGCCUGAGGUUAAGCGAGCGCUUCGCUUGGACAUGUCCGAACACACGGUUCUGCUCUGACAAGCUGGCGUGCAGCUUCCACCAGACAAAAGGCCUAGCGGUGAAGCCACAGCAGCCAUAUUGCCAAUUAACGGCGGGCCACCGCACUUGGGGCCCCGCGGUUCUGCCACACGUGCUAGCUGGGUAAAGAGGCGCCAGGGUGGAGGUUGCUCUCGAUUCCCACAUUGUAAAAUGUGAAGAUUGCUUCACCCUUUAACAAAACUUUGUUUUUCGUUACUAGUGUUUGUUCUCUCCUCACAUAGUUGUGCUUCAGUCGCAGUACCCAUACUCCCCUUGUUGAUGCCACUGGCAUGAGGUUCUGAAGUGCUUUUCGCCUGAAGCUUUGUGACCUAUUUGAAUCGAGCAUCGAGGUGGUCGACUCAAGUAUCGUGUAUUACACAGCUAAGAAGCUUAGUUCAAAAUGUGCUUAGAAAUUUAUUUGUUUUGGUAUUUAUGUAGUACUUCAAAAAAGUAUCACAAGCACGUCACUUUUGUGUUACAUAUGGCUGUUUAAUAUUAUGUCAACAUGAAGCCUCUUAUGUUUUUAUUGUUUGCCAUAAUUCAUUGAUAAGCAGUCUACAGCUGAAGUCACUGCUCUAAAGUAAUUUUGUGUUUCACACAAACAUGCAAAGUGCUCUGCAUCUGUAUAGUUUUGACUUUGUUUUACUCUCUUGGAUGUGGUUUAUUAUGGCUGUGGGGAUUAUCUGUUCCUUAAGUAUAGUAAAAUUGUGGGUAUUGUAUGUCGAAAUUGCUUAAGAUAUCAAUCACACAUGUGCUUUUCUGCAUAAACUUGUUGAAAAGAAA